AUGGAUUCCAGAGCCUCUGAGGUCUUGGUCACCCUGAAAAACCCAAACACCUCGGUUGACACAAAGGUCGCCGCCGUCACGAACCUAAAAUCCGACAUUAAACAGAAGAACGUCCCCGAGGCGGCUGUUCCCCCAAUAUUCGACAUCCUACGACUUGCCAUCUCUGCGCAGCACUCUUCUCUGUCGUCUGCCGGUUUCUCUACCCUGGGUCAUUUGCUGAAACGAUUGUAUAUCCAAGAGUUCCACAACUUGAUCGCCUUUCAUGCUCGUCAGUUGUACCCUAUUUGUCUCGAGCGUCUAGGUGAUCACAAGGAACGCCCUCGCAGCCUGGCUGCCCAAGCCUUUACCGAUCUUUGGCCCGCAGCGCCCCAAGAUGUCGAGCAGCAUGUCCUUGGAACUGCUAUGGUGGGAAAGAAUCCACGAGCAAAAGAGACGAGCAUGAUAUGGCUGGCAACUAUGACCAGAGAGCACAACAUACUGUUCCGCGCCCAUGUGCCCUCCCUCGUUACUGCUUUGGAGGAUGCUGAUAGUGGCGUGCGAGAAGCCGCAAAAACCACCGUUAUUGAAAUAUUUCAAUCUGCUCCCUCCCGAGCCAAAUCAGACCUGAAAAGGCAACUCUCCGAAAAUGGUGUUCGGAAAUCGAUUGUCUCGGCGAUUCUCUCCAGCCUUGGCCUCUCGGAUCAUGAUAUGUCGAGCAGUCGCUCAGAAACACGUCGUCCGGCGAGCAGCUUGGCGGUUUCUCGCCAUCGUGAUGAUCCUCCUAGACCCAAUUCAGUGCUCUCUACUCGCCCCCAAAGCCGCGUCGGAAAUUCUCGAGAAGACUCCGGCCCCGCCCCUCAUGCGACCCUGAAAGUGGAUAAAUUUUCAGCUGGCCUGUCUCAUAGCAUCAGUACCGAUUCUCUAGCUGCUUCUGCCGCGGCCGCUGCAGAAGAUGAAAACAUCGAACCUCUUGACGUGGACUCAAACCGCGAUAUUGAUGACAUGUUACGAAACAUGUCGUAUCACUUUGAAGGCCGGGAAUCCGAACAAAACUGGAUCCCUCGUGAAAAGUCGAUUGAGACGUUGCGGAAGCUUGUCCGGGGAAAUGCCCCUCACUCAUUCCCACAGCAUUUCUUUGCAGGCAUCAAGAACAUUCUUGAUGGAAUCCUGAAAGUUGCCAACUCAUUGCGAACCACUUUAUCGACAGCUGGCUGUCUUUUUAUCCAAGACCUUGCUAGAAUAUGUGGCCCGGGGAUUGAUCCCAUGGUGGAGAUGCUGCUACAAAACAUGAUUAAGCUAUGCGCCGGAAUGAAGAAAAUCAGUGCGCAGAAUGCCAACGCUACUGUUGAUAUAAUCAUACAGAACGCCACUUAUGCGCCUCGUAUUCUUCAGCAUAUUUGGUUUGCUUGUCAGGAUAAAAAUACCCAGCCGCGCCAAUAUGCGACUGGUUGGUUGAAGACUCUUCUCAGCAAACAAGCUCGACACAAAAGCGCUAUUGAGCACGGCGGCGGCCUUGACGUGGUCGAGAAAUGCAUCAAAAGAGGUCUCGCAGACGCCAAUCCUGGUGUCAGAGAAAGCAUGCGGGAGACUUAUUGGACUUUUAACCAGUCAUGGCCUGACCAAGCCGAUGAAAUCAUGUCCACACUGGAUACAAAGUCAAAGUCAUUGCUAGAGAAGGACCCAAAUAACCCGAAUGGUACCAAUUCCUCAGACAGCCGCUCUCGACCUGGAUUGUCCAAUAGUGUCUCUGCCGCAAGUCAUCGUCUCACCCUCAAAGAGACCAUCGCAGCCCAGAAGAGAGCGGCGGCGGCAAAGAGCGCCACUAAGAGCGCUCCUCCACGGCCUGAAUCUGCACAAUCUACAUAUGCUGAAGCUAAACCUACACGUCCUCCGUCUCGGGCACAGGCUUCCAAGCCUACGGGCAGCACCACGCGGACGGUUCCCACGGGUACGCAUCUGUCGUCGCUGUCAUCGGCGCCAAUGCGACCAGGAGCCAAGGCGCGACGUCCGGAGAUACCACGACCUGCUACUGCGGAUCCAUACUCGGACAGGAGACCACCAAGUGCAGCUUCUCAUAACAAGACUUUUAGUCCAGACGUCAGUCCGGUCAGGACCCGAGCAAAGACGCCAACUGUAAAAUCACCUGGACGGCCCAAGUCGAGAGCUGGAGGCGCUCCAGUGAGUACUACUGCUAGGAGCAAACCUAAACGAUUAGACAUUGCAGGUCUGAAAUCCAAUGACCCGAGGGCCAUCGCUGGGCCAAAGAGUGACCCCGAGGACAUUGCACAAGCGCCAUUGAUUGUGGACGAACCAUUUGUACCUCAUUCACAUGAGGGCACUCAGGCAGUGGAGGGUACAAUUGUUGAUACAAGUGACUUUGUACCUGAGCCCAUCCCUGCUGCUACUACGGAAACUGUGACUGCACCGGUUGAAAGCGAACCAUUAAUAAACGCAGCCAGCCAGGAGGGCACGCCUUCCAGAAUGCAAAUAUCACACUCACGAGAAACUAGCCUUGAGUCGAGGGGUGUGUCUUCAGUCAUCGCCUCGCCGAAUGCACGUCACUCGCGACACAAUAGCGAAGACCAGAACAGCAAGAUACCAAAUCCCGUGACUCCUAGGUCUGUCAAUCACACCGAGGCGAGACUUGUUGGUCUUAGAGUCUACGAAGACCCCGACGCACAAAAGUCUGUCGACGAGACGGUCUCUCAAACUGAAGAGCCGGUGUUGACUGACAAUCAUCACCCGGUGCUGGAGGAGAUACAGGUGAAUGAGCCCAACACACCUGCGCCACGCGAUGACAAACAAACGACACUCAGCCCGAGCGCGCAGCAUGUUGAUAAUGCGCUUCCACCAGACGGUUCAGAGAAUGGCCAUCGAGCGUGGGGUAAAGUCGGAGCGGGCGAGAGGCGUAGAAGCAUUAGCCCGAGAUCCAAAGACCUCACAAAAGCAAAAGACAUGAUUGACAAAGGGAUUUCACGCAUUCGGGCAAAGGCUUUGGAUGUGCACGGGUACCGCAAGCUGCAAGGACUGAUCAAGUACCACGGGGCGCUCUUCGCGGACCAGUCCAAAUACAACGAGAUGCUGGUGGCGCUUCUGGACGCUCUGGAGACGGCCGCCAGCGAUGAGAAGCGGUCAUCGGCAAGCCGGUCUAUGGAUCUCAAGGCCCAGAUUCUGGUGACGAUCCGGCUGAUGUUUGCGCACAACGAGACAUACUUUGCAGCGUACUACCCGCGCGUGAUGACCUCGCUUCUCAAUACGCGCAAACAAUACGAACUGACGACGAACCACAUUGUCAGCGGCCUUGAAGAGACAGCAGAAGACAUCGUAUCCUCCUGCCAGCCACAAGAAGUCAUGACCGCGGUGCUCGAUCUGGUCGAAGCCGAGCAAAACGACGACGAGGGCUACCGGGCAAUUACAAUGGGCAUUUACGUGCUCUCCGGCCUGCUGCGGCGACUCAACAAAUAUCAGAAGAAACUCGGCGACGCAGAGAUUUCCCGACUGGGCCAGUUCGGAAACACGAGUCUGUCUCAGCCGCAACCGGAUGUGAGGCGCGCCGUGACGGAGUUUUGUGUCGAGUUGCAUGAGAUGAUGCACGACGAGGAGGCGUUUUGGCGCAUGAUCAACUCGACGGGUAAUGACCAUCGUAAUCUGUUGACGUAUUUUAUUGCGAAAAAGUCAUCUGAGGGGGCAGCGGUUCGUGCUUGA